CAUGCCUAAUGAGUCGUCUGUGAUUGGUUUAUACUACAUGUCCACGUGCACCCGGUGUGAUCUUGGGCUUAACACCGUGAGAGCGUUCCACUUUGAUGCUAAAGAAGGUAGCCUAUGUAACGUAGAUCCAACUGCAAGGGAAUUAUUACCUUCAAUGAGUUGGAAGUAGCAGUCCCGGACAAAUCCACUGACCAUGGGCCGGCAGACAGAAAGAGCAUGCCACUAAUAUAAGGAAGAGCAGGCAAAAGGCUAUCUUGUUUCGCCAAUUAUCCUGUGCACACUACAGUUCCUCGUAUAAGUCUGCCAUGCCAGUAGACUUGGCAAUGCCACUCUUCCUGGCAAAUGGGGACUUCCAUGGGAAAAGAUGCUCCAGGCCUGUAAAAGCUUUACAGCCAUGUCUGAACCAAGAUGAAGGCCAAACAGUCAAACGAGGUUGCUCCCAGCAGUGGUCCAGUUUGGACGAGGUGAGCACACUCAAAGCAAAGAAGAAGCAGGUGUCUUUUGCUGACCACAGGGGCAUGGCUCUCACCAGGAUCAAAGUCUUCUCAGAGUUCGAGGAUCCCAUCGACAUCCCGCUCAACAUCCAGGAACUUCUGCGCUCGGCGCUCAGCCUGUCAGAGAAGGACACGCUGGUCCUCGCCUUCACCCAGCCGUCAUCCGACUACCUGCUCUUCCGCCAGCGGCUGGAGCGCGACUACGUCUGCCUGGAGCACUGCACGCUCCAGGAGCGGGCUCUGGCGGGCACGGUGAAGGUCAAGAAUCUGUCCUUCGAGAAGUCGGUCAAGCUGCGCAUCACCUACGACACGUGGAAGAGCCACGUCGAUGUGCCGUGCCAGUACAUGAAGGCCACCUACACUGACGAGAACCGGGACACCUUCGCCUUCGAGGUGAGCCUGCCCAGUGACUUGCGGCCGCACGAGCGUAUCGAGUUUGCCAUCCUCUAUGAGGAGAGCGGAGUACAACACUGGGACAGCAAUGAGGGGCAAAACUACAGGAUCGUUCCGUCCUCGCUGAAGGUAGAACACCAAAAUACAAGUCCAAUACAAAAUGACACCAGUGACUGGGGCAUUCACUUUGACUGCUAUGGGAGCCCCAGAUGCUCUCAUGGGAUCUUCCCUAAUUGGCCAGGAUAUGCAAGCUAUGAGGAAAUCGGGCCUUACUACUAGUCCUUGUAAUGCUACUAACCUUUCAGACCUGUUGUCUUCAUAUUUGCCAAUGGAAGAUUGAGAUGGCAUCUUUUUUCCUUUGCGUGCAGGGUAAAGGUAGUACCACUUUCUGACCUCAGACACACUAACUCAGAACUAAGACGGUGUCUUGGCUUUAUUACACCAAUCCAAACAGGAUGAAUUCAAAGAAAAGUGUGGAAAAAAAAGUGGGAAAGUGUGUCUUACAUCAUAAUGGUGUUUGUAGCACCUGUGCAAUAUUGCUUCUUGCCUGUAAGGGCCCGGUGUUGGUUUUCCAUUUGAGGAACAUUUUUAAGAAAACAAUUUUUUUUUUUGUCCAAUUUUGAGAGGCACAAAGGUAUGUUGUAUGCAUCCUUCAAUGUGUUCAGGAUUCUCUCAGAACUGGCCAUUUUGUGUUUUUUAGAUUCCUCACUCAGAUGAGCUAAUGUUUGUUGUGUAUGUUUGAGUGUCUGUGUGAUGGAGAGUGGGUGAGUGAGCAAAAAGAGUGUAAACCCAGUUAUGGUAUUUUCUGACACAGCUGCUACUUUAUUGAGUUUAUUUAUGAGUAUGACUGGGGACUUCUGUCCUUAUGAUGUGCCAAUAUUAAUUGUCAUUGGUCUUAAGGCUGUUUUUAAUGGCAAAGUACUUUAAUUGUUUGCACUGAGGAAAGGCAUCAUGAAUAAGACCAAAAGUAUUAAUCUGAUUGUUGGAUUGGGAGGGAGAAUUGAGAAUGGAAUUGUUCCUUUUGAUUGCAUUCACAUAAUAGAACUGUUAAAAGGUGUGGUGCUUAUUUGUUGAACUUUUAAAUGUCUUUAAAGCUUUUAGUUGUUUUAACAUUGGGCCAGGAACACUUUUUUUUUUUUUUUAUGUUCUCACAUCAGAUUCUUGUUCACUUUUGAUGGGUAUUAAUCUUUUUGUUUGCCUUUUGGAAAUUAUGUAAACAUGGUGUCUUCAAUACCACAAUAGUUGAUUAAGUGAAUGUCUGUUUUCUUAGUUUUUUCUAAUUAGUGUUAAGUGAUUAUAGGGAUGUGCACAUUCACAAGCACCUGCUACCGUUUUGUCUGUUAUGCAGUUUUAAAUAAUGCCUUGGUUUGCAAUCAGCUGCUUUUUACUAAAAAGUGUUUCACAUGUGAAUUUACAACUGUGAAUCUGUGUAAUUUUGUGUCAGGGAUAUAUUGAUCUCUGGUGUUUAAUUUGAAUGGGAAUUGUAAGUCAUUCUUUUUUUUUUUCUUUUGCAUGUUUUUUUGAAAAUAAUA